CUUCCUGAUCCACCUUUUCUUUCAUCGCAUGAGUCAAGUCCGAAUGGACGACUCCAGCAAGGGCCCUCUGCUGGGCAUGCGGCUAUUACAGUGACCCCGAGGAGGAUGUGGGUAACGAAAAAUUCAGUACUUCGAACUCGCUUGUGCAAGAACUACGCUUACAAGGACAAUAUGUUCGGCAUUGGAGCGAUGGGACCGACGACGAGCUCUCAACGAUGUACUUCCACCACCCACGGGCGUGGACUAUGUUUUUCUGCGCGAUAAUUUCACCUCACGCCAAGCAUCCAGCUCAGUGAUACACUUUUGGAAUACCUAUACGUCCUCCAAUGCAUGGUCUGAUAUCGACGUGACCGAGCUACUACCCCAUUCACUCCCGCUGCAUGACCAUCGUCGACCGCGUGAUCGGGCUCACGCUUGCACGGGAACACCCGAGGGUCUUCCUCAGCGUUAUGCUAGGUAAUGACUGGCUCUUGAAGGGGUCCACGAGGAGACACAUGAUGAGGACUUCGGUUGGCAAUUCUUGUAUUUUGUAGUUAUGUGGCCGGCUAUUGAAGACCAGCCAAGGAAUAUGGAAUCAAAGAAGAAUUAUUCGACUGAUGGGGAGGGUGAAGGCACGGAUGGGACAGCGCUUGGAGAAGAGGAUGGUCUAUAGGGUGGGCACACACAAAAUCAUCCUAUCACAGGGAGGAUCUAAGGGUAUUGUGUAUCUUGCGUUUGGGAAUGGCUAAAUAGGGUGAAUAAGGUGCAGAGUUCUCAGACUUGCGGGUUCCUUUCUUGCAGUUGAUACUGGUGGUUUUGUUAGUGAUCUAUCACUUGGUGACAUACCUUUGGAGAGGACCUUGAAUCCAUGAGCUUAAUCGCCAUCAAGCUUCUGCUCGCUGCUGGCAAUCCGCCAUGAAUGACGCAGGCUCAAUCAGCGGCAAAUUGGUGCCCAGGCGCUUGGUAUACCUUGAAUCAAAUGUUUCAAGCAGGUUGACAAUGAGGGCAUUGAUUUAGCGUUGAUGUGUGCCUCACAGAGAAUGAAGAGAACCAUAUCCAGCGAUCGUAUGUAGUGUUGGAUCAGAUUAACGCGGGGCAAGACGAUACUGUGGCCACGACACGCUUCCGAAGCCGGUUGAUCGAGGGUGGGUCAAAAUUGACCAUACGUCUACCGGUAUCUGUAAGAACUGCUCGAAAAGGCAUGCUAUGAUGGCGGCUGCUCGUAAGACCUGCAUAUCCGGUGCAGUUGCAGGCCAAUGGAGGAACUCAGCGAUCCAGAAAACGACAUGGUUAUAUUGGGAAUUGAUGGGUGCGAGAUUUCGGCGCCCGCUUUGAAUUUUCUAAUUAUUGAAGGUUAUAUGCUGUAAUCGCGGCCGCUGCAGAUUUAGUGGCGAAAAGCGACGGCUUGUCCGCACAAGCUCGAGCAUUGAGCUGUAUCUUCCUUGCAAUGGCUGGUAUCCGAAUACGGCUGGCGGAGAAGAUUGGUUCUGCACUGUGCUUUUGCACGGGUUCCAAAAGGCACUUAUUGAAAUCCAAGGGCGGAUGGCUGUUUUGAAAUCGCAUUCCGGGCAUCGAGACGAACGAAGGGACUAGGGGGCAUUUUGUACGAUUGGUAUUGCAGUCAAAGUCAUGGACGGGAAUAUUGGUAGGGAUUUCGCAGCAGUGGUUUGAGAGGCUCCAGACUGGGCCGCUGGAGGGUCGUUAAACAGCUUGCAGCGCUUCACUAUUCGGACAUCUUGAAUACUGCUGGCGUUGACACGGACUUCCUGCACCCAUUCGAAUCACGACGGAUCUGACGACAGCCAACCGGUCUGCUUGCUGCGCUGGCACGUGCUGAAAAGCAGCAUUAAUAACCUUGAAGUUUCUGCUUGGACGUAUGAGAGAAAUAGCCCUAAAAGCGAAGAGCAAGAAAGUGUAGAAGUGCGACAAGUGAGGUUGAGCGACAAAGAGAGUUAAGCGCAGAGGGAUGACGGGGUCGCACCGAAAGUCAAGCACUCCGUCUCCGCCGCCUUCGUCUUGCAGUUUCGCCGCAGGGCCUCUUUUCAGCAUCGUGCAACAUCCCUUGAACCGACCGCACCCGUUCCCUGCGAGACUCAGGCGUGGCGCAUUCAAUUUCUAUUUAUCUCACCAAUGUGGCGUUCAAGUCACUUCCACGCUUUCCGUUCCGACUUCUUAAGAUCUCUCCACGACAGUUGAAUUCAUCGCGGGGGUAACGCACUGGGCGGUAAGAGAUGGAUCGGCAGAGAAAGGGGGACCUACGCCUUCUUAAUGAGAGAGCCUGGGCCGGCGAGAGUGAUGUAUUCCCUGUCGGAAAGUCUCUCGACUCAUCGUUGAAGAAGAAUACGGCCUUUAUCAAGCGACUCCGCACCGGAAUCAACGCUGCUGCUCAGCAGACCCUUCUGACCGAUAUCCGCACCCUAUCCCUCCAUAAAUACCUUUCGGAGAUCAUCUCGGCGUGCUACGAGGGCUUAUGCAAACUCAAGUCUCCUGGAGAAAUCACUGCCGGCGUCGAGAUUACGAGUGCACUUCACCAGCGAUUCGGCCCAGCGGAGUUUACCCGACAAAUUGGAUGGCUGCUCGGACGAGGUCUUAGCUCACCGGAUAAAAGCCAGCUGAAGGCUCUCAGCCAGGAGCUCCGCGAGCGGGAGGAAAAAGAGCGACUGUCGCGCCACCGAGUUCUACUGAAGGUUGUGACGGAGUUAUGGUUGGUCGGAGUGCUUCGAACACUCGAUGACGUUGAGCGGCCGGAGGAUGUGGGUGCAAAGGGCAAAGAUGGGGCCGCUGGACUGAGCAAUAAAGUGGCCGAGGGGGUAUCAAGAAGCAGACCCGCGAUCACGGGUGAUAGAGAACCAGAUCCAUUUCCCUUGGAAGUUCUGAAGGAGCUUCUUGGGCAUGAUCGUGACCACUCGAAUUUGCCGCUCGCAGUACUGUUUGCAAAAAGCUUCAGCUGGGAUGUUCUGGGGGUUAAGACCACGGAAGAGGGUAGGAAGACUGUCGAAGCUGAUGGUGCGACCACGACGAGUACGCCUGCCGAGGCGUUGAACGGUGCUACAGGAGAAGAGGUGGCCCUCGAGGAUGAUGCAUCCCUUACGGGGGAGAAGACACAGUUCCGGUUCAAGAGUAUCCUGAACCGGUAUCUGGAGGAUGUUAAGGCUCAUGUUGUUCGCGACCAGAAAGCCCUUACCGCGCAGAGGGGACGCAAUGCUGAAGCCUACGUAAAAAGUGGUGAAAUUUUCGAGGAUCGGCAGGCAAAUUUUGAGAGGCAGACCAAGUCGUUGGAGAAGUUGGUUGCAAACACUCAGGUCCUGUGCGAGAUUUUGGGUGUCGAGAUGCCUGCAUUGGCUGAACAGGAGGCUUCCGAUCCUACUGCCAGUGGUGGUAUUGGCCUUGUGAAGACCUCAGAGUACCUUCGCGGACAGGGAGAAGGACCUGGUAUUUGGGAAGACGAAGAAGAGAGGCGUUUUUACGAGAACCUUGUCGAUCUUAAGGGCAAAGUUCCAGCUGUGCUGCUGGAGGAUGCCAAGAAGAAAAAGAACGAAAAUGGCGAAUCUGCGAAGAAGAAGGCUGACGGCGAAUCGAUUGCUGAGCCAAGUGCGGAGAAAACUGAAUCUCCAGUUCAGAACGAGGAGAAAGUCGCUGAAGCUGACGAUCAAUCUAUGGCCAUUGCAAGCAAAACUGUCGGAGCUCAGGUCGAUGCACUUCUGGCAAAGCUUCCUGAUUUGCAGACCAAAGACCAGGUUGACCAGCUGGCGCUUGAUUUUUGCUUUCUCAACUCGAAAGCCUCGCGAAACAGGCUGGUCAAGGCUGUCUCGGAAGUCCCAAAAGGCCGCAUCGACCUUCUGCCUUUGUACUCGCGUCUUGUUGCGACUCUCGGACAGUACAUGCCCGACAUUCCUCAAGGAUUGACAGCGUAUCUCGAUGAAGAGUUCCGCAGCCUUCAACGUCGCAAGUCAAAGGAGUUCCUGGGCCAAGUACGAAUGAGUAACAUUCGUUACCUCGCCGAAUUGACCAAAUUUGGAGUGGUUCCCGAGCAUAUCAUAUUCCACUGUUUCAAGGUCUCUCUUGACGAGUUUUCACGCAUGAACAUUGAGAUUAUUGGCCACCUCUUGGAGAAUUGCGGACGCUACUUGUUCCGCAACCCGGAUACCUCGCCGCGCAUGGCAUCGUUCCUGGAGACUCUUAGUAGAAAGAAAACCGUCCAGCAUCUCGGCCAGCAGGAACGAAUGAUAAUCGAAAACGCGGUCUACUACGUGGAUCCUCCGCAUCGUCCGGCCAUCCAGCAGAAGGAGCGCACUCCCAUGGAAUCCUACAUUCGGAAGCUUAUAUACUUGGACAUGAAUAAGCGAAACUACACCAAGGUUCUAAAGUCUAUUCGGAAGCUUCACUGGGAGGAAUUAGAGGUGGUGAACAUCCUGGAGCGAGUUUUUAGCAAACCCGCAAAGGUCAAGUACGGCAACAUCCAUUUGCUUGCAAUCCUGGUCAGCGCUCUUUAUCGGUAUCACCAGAAGUUUGUGAUUGGAGUCGUGGAUAAUAUCCUCGAACAUAUUACACUCGGCCUGGAGCAAAACGAUUUCAAGUUCAACCAGAAACGCAUUGCAGAGGUCAAAUAUCUCGGUGAGCUGUACAACUAUAAGAUGAUUGACUCUCCUGUGAUCUUCGAUACCUUGUACCGAAUUGUCACCUUCGGUCACGGUACGUCUAAUCAUAAAUAUUCUUCGUUCAUGGCUGACUGUUAUUCAGAGGGUGGUACCCCGAUGCCGGGGAAAAUCAACAUCCUAGAUCUUCCGGAUGACUUCUUCCGGAUUCGUUUAGCAUGCACGCUUCUGGACACAUGCGGUCACUGUUUCGACCGAGGCUCUGCCAAGAAAAAGCUCGACUUCUUCCUGAAAUUCUUCCAGUACUACAUUUGCACCAAGGAUCCCUUGCCGAUGGAUAUCGACUUCCUUGUGCAGGACACCUAUUCUCUGACCCGACCUCAGUGGAACCUGGUAACCGACCUCGAAGAAGCCAGCCGUAUUUUCGGUGAGGCGGUAGCCCAAAAUUUCAAGCCACAAGAUUCAGAAAAGCCUGCUGAGCCCGAGGAUGAAUCCGAGAGUAGCGCGUCCGAAGAAGAUUUGGAGGAAGACGCAAUCCCAGAGGCCGAGGAGGAGGGCGAGUCAAGUGACGAGGAGGUGAGUAAAGGAACCUAGUAUAAGACUUAUGCUGAUGAAAUAGGUGUCCGGCCCCCGCACCGAGCGAAACGACGACAGCGAGUCGGAAGAGGAACAAAUUUUCGUCACCCGUCAAGAAGAAGAGCGCGACCCCGAAGCGGAGGCCGAGUUUGACCGCGAAUUCGAAAAGAUGAUGGCGGAAAGUGUUGAAUCGAGAAAGUUUGAGCGCAAGCAUGUUUUUGACCUGCCUCUCCCAAUGAAACGCUCUGCUCGCGAGACCACUGUUGAAGCCCCGCCAGUUCCUCAAGCCCCCCAGGCCCAGGCCCAGGCCCAGCCCCAGGCCCAGGCCCAACCCCAGCCUUCGGGCAAUACGAUGGCCUUCUCCUUGAUGACGAAGAGGGGAAAUAAGCAGCAGACCCGAACGAUUGAUUUGCCAUCCGAUUCUACAUUUGCCGUUGCCAUGAGGAGCCAGCAACAGGCUGAUAGGGAGGAGCAGCAACGGAUCAAGAACCUUGUCUUGAACUACGAAAUGUCUAAUGAGGUUGAGCCAACUGAAGUAGGAUGGACAAGUCAGCCGCCAACCGUUCCGCGUUCCGUUCCCGCAAGCUCCAACUCAGUGACGUGAAUUGGUAACACUAAGAUGUGAUUUACUAUCGAUCAUCAUCCAUGUCCAAGACGCUGGAUUUGUACACGCGCUGGACCAGAACCAAGCCAUUGGAUUCUGACAUGAACGUGAAUCAGACGGGAGCAGCCGACUUGCAUGCAUAUAGCAAGAGCAGAAAACCGUUAGGGAGCUAUCCCUGCUCCACUAGUCGCAACCGCCAAAGAAUUUAUGCUCUUCAAUUAGAAAAGCAUUAAAUUCGACUUCGACUAGUGGCAGCUUAAACUUAUCCCCGCAUUUGUGCCUUUCGGCAUGUAGAGUGCUGUGUGCAACCCGAAGCCUGGACACUCCGCUGUGCCUUGGCAUCGGGAUUAUCUACGAGCUUUAUGUCCGCUAGGUAGUCGAUAUAUGGGAUGCAGCAGUUUGCCAUCCAAAGCUGGCGCUUCGAAUGGUCGACUUACACAUCGUAUCGGAUCGCAUGUAGACUACCACGUACUUAUCUUUUCAUGCGAAACAAGAAUGUCACUAGAUUUAUUCAUAACCUCACUCAAGCUUAGUGUGUAGAUGGAUUAGUAAAGUAUUGCAC